UUGUGUGUUCUCGUAACAAUAAAUGUGUUGAAUGUGAAAACAAUUACAUUUUUAAUAAUAACAAAAGUUGUGUUAAAACAUCACAAAAUAAUAAUUCAACAAAUUGCAUCUCAUUUAACAAAAAUGGGUGCGUUUCGUGUGCAGUCGGGUAUUACCUUUUAAAUGCUGAAUGUAAUUUAUGUUCAGAGAAUUGCACCAGUUGUGUAGAGAGUGACACGAAGUGUCUUUCAUGCAAGUCUGGAUUUUAUCAAGGUGAUAAUUACACUUGUUUAUCUAGCACAGACUUGUUGAAUAAAUGCAACAAAAUAUCAACAAUAACAAGUGGGUGUUAUCAAUGCAAAGACGGGUAUUACAGAGUUGGUCUGAAUUGCUAUGAGUGUCUUUUGAAUUGUUCAAUAUGCAACACAAAAGAAAAAUGUUUGACUUGCAAUUUGACAAAUUACAAGACACAAAGUGGUAAGUGUUUGCCACAAAACAGUGUCAUUGGCUGUGCUGUCGAAGUCACACAAAAUGGGUGUAACAGGUGUAUAGAUGGGUAUUACACAGUUAAUUACAAUGAAUGUGAAAGGUGUAAUGACAACUGCACAACAUGCACACAACCCGAAAAAUGUUCAUCCUGUGUUAAAAACAAAGUUUUAUUUGAAAGUGGACUUUGUCUUGAUAUUUCAUAUGUAUUACAGUGUAUUGAAAUUUCAAACUCAAAAUGCUCCAAAUGCACAUUCUGGCACUCACCUAAUGAUAACGGCACAUUUUGUGACAAGAAGGCUGUCUGGUGGGUACUGCUGAUUGUAGUGGUGUUUGCAAUUAUUGUGAUGGCAGUUGUGAUAACUCAAUUGUGUGUGUUGUGUAUUUUAUUGAGAAGAAAAUGCGACAAAAGAAGACCGAAAAGACAAGAACACUCUUUAGAAUGA